AUGGCUUCAGUUUUAAUAAAAAAGGCUCUGUUUUCUAAAACAAAUGCUCUACAAAAAACCGUUGGAAUAAUUUGCAAUGCAACACGAAAUCAUUGGAAUUUCCAGUACAAGCCUGGUCCGUACCCUAAAACACCUGCUGAAAGAGAGGCGGCUGCGAAGAAAUAUGGCUUGACUGUUGAAGAAUACCAACCAUUCCCAGAAGAUAUGGGUUAUGGCGACUACCCAAACUUACCUGAUAUCGGUGCUGAGUCGAAAGAUCCGCAUUACCCAUACGAUAACGCUGAAUUAAAGAGAAAUUUUAAUGAACCAUAUCAUGUUAAUGCAGAGAUUCUUGGAGAAGAUCGUUACAAUAUAAGUUUUAAACCAAGAAUUUCUGUAAUGGAACAGUGGUGCUGGUUCCUUGGUGUUAUUGGAGGAUCUAUUGCUCUAUAUUAUUACAUGGAGGAUUAUAAGUUUGGCAGACCAGUAACAGCUAAACAGUACCCGCAAGAUGGACCUCACUAUUCAUUCAGUUCCCAGUAG